AUGGACGCUCUGGAGUCGUUGUUGGACGAGGUGGCCUUGGAGGGACUCGAUGGAUUGAGUCUUCCUGCGCUCUGGAGCCGUCUGGAGACCCGAGCGCCGCCCUUUCCACUGCCUUUGGAGCCCUACACGCAGGAGUUUCUGUGGCAGGCCCUAGCCACGCACCCAGGCAUCAGCUUUUAUGAGGAACCACGGGAGCGACCCGACCUCCAGCUCCAAGACCGGUAUGAAGAAAUUGAUUUUGAAACUGGAAUCCUGGAAUCCAAAAGGGACCCAGUCCCAUUGGAAGAUGUCUACCCCAUUCAUAUGAUUUUAGAGGAUAAAGAUGGCAUCCAGGGCUCCUGUCGUUAUUUUAAGGAGAGGAAAAACAUUACCAAUGAAGUCAGGACGAAGUCUUUGCAGCCUCAUUGUACGAUGGUGGAAGCCUUUGGCAGGUGGGGGAAGAAGCUGAUCAUUGUUGCUUCUCAGGACAUGCGUUACAGGGCCUUGAUCGGCUCGGAGGGCGACCCUGACCUCAAACUCCCUGAUUUCUCUUACUGCAUUUUGGAGCGAUUAGGCAGGUCCAGGUGGGAAGGAGAGCUCCAGCGAGACCUUCACAGCACUGCUUUCAAGGUGGAUGCUGGGAAACUUCACUAUCACAGAAAAAUCUUGAACAAGAACAGGCUCAUUACGAUGCAGUCGCACGUGAUCCGAUUACCCACUGGAGCCCAGCAACACUCGAUCCUCCUCCUCCUGAACCGCUUUCAUGUGGACAGGAGGAGUAAAUACGACAUCCUCAUGGAGAAGCUGUCGGGUGUGCUGAGCACGCGCACUAACCAGAUCGAGACACUCGGAAAGCUGAGGGAAGAACUGGGACUCUGUGAAAGGACUUUUAAGCGUUUGUACCAGUACAUGCUAAGUGCUGGACUAGCUAAGGUGUUGUCUCGUCCCCUACAAGAAAUUCACCCUGAGCGUGGACCUUGUAAGACAAAGAAAGGGACGGACGUCAUGGUUCGGUGUCUCAAACUGCUCAAGGAAUUUAACCGGCGGUACGAAGAUGACCAGGAUGAUGAUGAUGAUGAGGACGUCAUCUCCAAGGCAGUGCCUCUGGUGGACAUCGUGUUUGAGCGCGACAUGCUCACGCAGACCUACGAACUCAUUGAACGCAGAGGCACUAAAGGAAUUUCCCAAGCUGAAAUCCGAGUGGCUAUGAAUGUGGGGAAACUGGAAGCAAGAAUGCUGUGUCGUCUUCUUCAACGAUUUAAAGUUGUUAAGGGAUUCAUGGAAGACGAAGGUCGUCAGCGGACCACCAAGUACAUCUCGUGCGUAUUUGCUGAAGAGAGUGAUCUCAGCCGGCAGUAUGAGAGGGAGAAAGCACGAGGGGAGCUCCUGACCACAGUGAGCUUGGCCUCCGUGCAGGAGGAUUUGCUUCUGCCUGAGGGAGAAGAAACGUUCCUCUCAGAGUCAGACAGUGAGGAGGAGAGCAGCCGGAGCAGCAGCAGCAAGAGGAAAGGCAGAGGUGACGGGGCUCACCACCCGACCCCUGGCAAGGGUGGGUGGAAGGUCCUAAACCUACACUCAUUGAAGAAGCAGCCAUCUUGCUCCAUGGGCGCUGCCGAGGAGAAAGCCUGGAGCUCUUCCGGUGGGGACGGCCUUCUUGAUGCCAGUGGCUUUUCAGACCCCAGCGUGCCCUAUGGCUCUCACUGCGUGGAGACCAACAAUGGUGACAUAGCCGUGAUUGAGGAAGUCAGGCUGGAAAACCCGAAGGAGAGCAGCAGCUCUCAGAAGUCUGGGAAGCAAAACCAGGACAAGCCCCACGAAACUUACCGUCUGCUGAAACGCAGGAAUCUCAUCAUUGAAGCCGUCACCAACCUCCGCUUAAUCGAGAGCUUAUUCACGAUUCAGAAGAUGAUCAUGGAUCAGGAGAAGCAAGAAGGUGUGUCCACCAAGUGCUGUAAGAAGUCCAUUGUCCGCUUGGUGCGGAACCUGUCUGAGGAAGGUCUCUUGAGGCUGUACAGAACUACCGUCAUUCAAGAUGGCAUCAAGAAGAAGGUGGAAUUGGUGGUGCACCCUUCAAUGGACCAGAACGAUCCUCUCGUGAGAAGCGCCAUUGAGCAGGUCCGUUUCCGGAUCUCCAACUCCAGCACAGCAAGCAGGGUUAAAGUUCCCCCACCUCCAGUGCCCCAAGGGGAGGCAGAUGAAGAAAGUUCAGGAAAAGAAGGUCCCAGUGGAUUAGGAUACUCUCAUCCGAAUGCUUCCUCUAAAUCUGAAAGUGGACGGAUUAAAAAAACAGAAGAGAAAAUGGGCGUCACCCCGCUGAAAAAUUACCAUCCUGUUGUAGUUCCUGGACUGGGGCGUUCUCUAGGAUUCCUGCCCAAAAUGCCUCGCCUGCGGGCAGUCCACAUGUUCCUGUGGUACCUGGUCUAUGGACAUCCUGCUGGCCACAUGGUGGAGAAGCCGAUCCUGUGCAGUGAAAGGAGAAGGCGGGAGUCCUGGAGAGUGGCAGGUCAGCCCUUCUCUGGAAAUGACUCAGAGACAUCCUCGGAUGCCCUGUCCAGAGACAACGAAGACUGUACCACCUUGGAGGCUGAAGUGGAGCUCGCCACGGAGACAGUGUAUGUGAAUGAUGCCUCGUGGAUGCGCUUCGUCCCACCCAUCCCAAAUCACAGAGACUUUGGCUUCGGCUGGGCUCUUGUCAGUGAUAUUCUUCUCCGCCUGCCCCUCUCCAUCUUCGUCCAGAUUGUGCAAGUCUGCUACAAGGUAGACGACCUCGAGGAGUUUCUGAACGACCCUCUGAAGAAACACACACUGAUCCGGUUUCUCCCCAGGCCUGUCAGGCAGCAGCUCCUGUACAAGCGGCGCUACAUUUUCUCGGUCAUGGAGAGCCUCCAGAGGCUAUGCUAUAUGGGACUGCUGCAGUUUGGUCCCACGGAAAAGUUUCAGGAUAAAGAUCAGGUGUUCAUUUACUUGAAGAAGAACGCAGUUAUUGUUGACACCACCAUCUGUGACCCACAUUACAACCUUGCCCACAGCAGCCGGCCCUUCGAAAGGCGUCUCUACAUCCUCGACUCCAUGCAGGAUGUGGAAAACUACUGGUUUGACCUGCAGUGCGUCUGCCUCAACACCCCACUAGGUGUGGUGCGCAACCCACGCCCCAAGAAGACCAACCUGGAUCAGGGCAGUGAUGAGGAGGGCACUCUGCAAAAAGAGCAGGAGAGCGCCAUUGACAAGCACAACCUGGAGCGCAAGUGUGCCAUGAUGGAGUACACCACAGGCAGCCGCGAGGUCGUGGAUGAAGGCUUAAUCCCCGGAGAUGGACUGGGAGCUGCUGGCCUUGAUUCCAGCUUCUAUGGACACUUAAAGCGCAAUUGGAUCUGGACCAGUUAUAUCAUCAAUAAAGCCAAAAAGGAGAGCAUCGCUUCAGAAAAUGGGCUCACAGUGAGGCUGCAGACAUUUCUGACCAAGCAUCCAUUGCCACUUGGUAGUGGAGGCAGCAGCAAACUGAAUAUCUGGGGAGAAGCGCGAGCAGCUCCAGAGCUCUGUGCUGACAGGGAAGAACAAUUUGAGAUGGACAGAGAGCCCACGCUGGACAGAAACAAGAGAGUGAGGGGUGGAAAAAGCCAGAAGCGGAAGCGGCUGAAGAAGGACCUUGGGAAGAAGAUGAAGAGGAAGAAACAAGAAGAGCUGCCAGAUGACAAGAGCCGAAGGCCACGCUACCAUGAUGAGGCCGACCAGAGCGCCUUGCAGAGGAUGACACGACUGCGUGUGACCUGGACCAUGAAGGAGGACAGACUGAUCAUUUUUUGCCGAAUUGCCAGCAACAUCCUCAACACCAAGGUGAAGGGCCCAUUUGUCCCCUGGCAGGUCGUACGGGACAUACUUCAUGCUACCCUUGAAGAGUCUUUGGAUAAAACAUCUCUUUCCGUCGGACGAAGAGCUCGCUACUUAGUGAAGAAUCCACAAGCCUAUUUGAACUACAAGGUUUGCCUUGCCGAGGUGUACCAGGAUAAAGCACUUGUUGGAAAUUUUCUGAGUCGAAAGUGUAACUAUAGUGACCCAAAGGUGUGUGCCAGCGAGUUUAAAGAAUUUGUGGAGAAGCUUAAAGAGAAGUUUAGUUCGUCCCUAAAGAACCCUAGCCUUGAAAUCCCAGAUACCCUGCAGGAGCUAUUUGCCAGAUACCGAGUGCUGGCAAUUGGAGAUGAAAGAGAUCACAUCAGUAAAGAAGACGAACUUAACAGUGUGGACGACAUCCACGUUCUGGUGCUCCAGAACCUCAUCCAGAGCACACUGGCCCUCUCGGACAAUCAGAUGAAGUCCUGCCAGUCUUUCCAGACGUUCCGCAUUUACCGGGAGUAUAAGGACCAGAUUCUCGUCAAGGCCUUCAUGGAGUGCCAGAAAAGGAGCCUGGUCAACCGUCGCCGGGUCAACCACACACUGGGCCCAAAGAAACACCGGGCUCUGCCCUUCGUGCCGAUGUCCUACCAGUUAUCCCAGACCUACUACAGAAUUUUCACCUGGCGGUUCCCCAGCACCGUGAGCACAGAAUCAUUCCAGUUCUUCAGCAGGGUCCUGGCUGCUGGCAGGUUGGACCAGCCUGAUCAUUUUGCCUUCAAAGACCAGGAUAAUGACUCCUCAGAUGGCAUGGUGGCAUUUUCUUUGGACUGCCCUGGGGGACAUUGUGUGGCCGCCCUGACCCUCUUGUCUCUGGGCCUCAUUUCUCUGGAUGUCAAGAUCCCAGAGCAGAUUGUGGUGGUGGACAGCUCAAUGGUGGAAAACGACGUCAUUAAGAGCCUGGGGAAGGAUGGGAGCCUGGAAGAGGAUGAAGAGGAAGAGGAAGACUUGGAUGAAGGCUCAGGCAAGCGCCAGAACAUUGAAGUGAAGGCCCCCCAGGCCUCCCACACCAAUUACCUACUGAUGAGGGGCUACUAUGCCCCUGGCAUUGUCAGCAACCGCAACCUCAGCCCCAACGACAGCAUUGUUGUGAACUCCUGCCAGGUGAAGUUCCGGCUCCGCUGUACCCCCAACUCCAAUAGUCUUCGUCCCACUGACACUGCUCUGCAUGAGCUGGCAGUGGGAACCUCCUGCCUCCCUGACACCCUUACCAGAGUGAUAAGCACCCAGGACAACAGCUUGGAAGAGUUUGUGCACCUUGUGGCGCUGUCUGGGUACAAACCGGGAGACGUGGUUGCCGCCUUGGAGAUCCAGAGGGCCAUUGCAGCCACUGGGUAUUUUGGGAUUGACAAGGUGGCACUGAGCAAACAGUUUUCUGCCUUCGCAAAGACAGACAGUGAGCGUACCAGGACGUUCACUGACUAUGUCCAGGACCUCCUGGAGCAGCACCAGCUCUUGGAAGUGGGUGGCAACACCAUUCGCCUGGUGACCAUGGCUUCUGCCCAUCCCUGGCUCCUGCAUUCAGUGCGUCUCAAAGGUAAAGAGGAGGGUACCGAGCCUCUGAGAGAAGACCUCCACACCAGAGCCCUAGAAGGAUUUGCCAGUGAUGGGCAGCAGGGACCCCGGAGCACCAAGAGGCAUGCCAGCUGGGCCAGCACAGACCCAGCCAGUCCAAGCAGCUCCGACAGUGCCCGGCAGCCCCCUGUAAAGAGGCCUACGCUCCAGGACGUGCGCUUUACCCCCAGCCUUGGGCUGAGAGCAGAUGACGGUCCGGAAGGCCGAGCACCUGUUCUGCCUGCAGCUCCUGAAGACAUGGGGAGCCAGAAGCCUCCCCUGGGAGCAUCAGAGGCUGGGCAGGGAGACCAAGAGGAUAUCGAGGGAUCCAGCUCACCUGGUCAAGAACAUCUGAGCAGUCAGGCCCAGCUUCCAGAAGGCUCUGAAGAGCCCCGAGGUUUGACCGAGAGUUCUACAGCCGGCAGCCUCACACACGCAGCACAGGGCAGGGACUGUGAGAACAUCUGCUUCGUCGGCCGCCCGUGGCGCAUUGUGGACGGCCAUCUGAACACGCCCGUGUGUAAGGGCAUGAUGGAAGCCCUGCUCUACCACAUCAUGACCAGGCCCGGCAUCCCCGAGAGCCACCUGCUGCAGCAUUACCAGGGCGUUCUGCAGCCCGUGGCUGUGCUCGAGCUGCUUCAGGGUCUGGAAUAUCUGGGCUGUAUCAAAAAAUGUCUGUUGAAGAAGCCCUCGGUCGUCUCGCUCUUCUCAAAGCCUGUGCUAGAAGAGGCCGAGGCGCCCGCCAGCCAGGGCGAGCACCACACGGUGUUCUACGAGCCCACGCUGGACUGCACCAUCCGCCUGGGCCGAGUCUUCCCCCAUGAUGUCAACUGGAACAAGUGGGUCCACUUCUAA